CUUCCACUUCCACCCUUAGCAGUGGGCUGUGUUUUGUGAGAAUAUUUAUUUUAGAAUUAAGUAUAACAAUAAUAAUAAUUAGAUGAUGUAUUUAUGUUUAUAAAAUUAAAUAAGGUCAAUUCGCCUACUCCUCAGUAUCUAUGAUGUUUUUUUAUGUUUGUUGACACUAAAACUUUGCCUUACUUGUUGUUUUAGUUCUUUAACUUCAGUUCUUGGUUGGUAUGGCUGAAGAGGAUUUGCAAAACUACAAACUUCAACUACAGCAGGUGGAAGCAGCUUUAACAACUGACCCAGAUAAUGAAGAACUUCACAAACUAAAAACAGAUCUUGAGGAGGUUAUUCAGUUAACUCUUGAACUCAUAAAGACCCAGUUGCUCGAGGAACAAAAACUAAAAGAUUCAGCAGAAGGGGAAAUCGAGGACUCUAUUUUGGAAGCAGCAACAUCGCAUAAAUCCAAACACGAAUGGAUAGUUGGAGACCGCUGCCUCGCCUUGUGGACACAGGACGGCCAGUACUAUGAAGCCACAAUUGAAAGCAUCGAUGGAGAAGAGGUGUCAGUGAUCUUUGACCAGUACAAGAGUGCGCAAGUGUCCACAUUGGAGUUCAUAAAAGAAUUACCUCAUCAAGAAGGAAGCUUAAAACACAAAAAACAACCUAUUUCAAAAGUUAGAGAAUAUCAGAAGAAAAAGAAACAGAAGAAGUUACAAAGAUAUAAACAAUUAGAAGAGGAAAGGGAGCAAGAAAAGAACAAAUGGCUGGCAUUCAGUCAUAAGACAACAAAAAAGGGGAUAAUCAGGAAGAGUAUAUUUGCAUCACCGGACAAUGUAAAUGGCCGAGUAGGAAUCGGCACUUGCGGAGUUAGUGGCAAGGGUAUGACAGAGUUCACAUCUGCCGAGAAAUGGAGGAAAGGUGUAUAAAUAAAUUGACACCAGCUUUGUAUAAGUGUGUAAAUUAUAAUAAUACAUGUUUUAUAUAAA